AUGGAGAAGGAUGACCUGGAGAAGGUAAGAAAGGCCUCUCUGUCUGUCUGUCUGUCUGUCUGUCUGUCUGUCUGUUAGGUUUGCAACUGUGCCACAUUUACACUAGACAUUUUCAGAAGGGAUUAUUAGAAGAGACACAAUUCAAGUAUGAGUGCAGUGACUAAUGUACUGUAAUGUACAUCUGUAAUAUUGUGAUGAUAUAAUGUAAACCCUGGCUAACUUAGGGUUGCCGGAGAGUUUUCCAGGUGUUAAUACUGCAUUCCUCCCCAGAUUGGUAUCUCCGACCCAGAGCACCAGCAGAAGGUUCUGAGUGCGGUGAAGGAGAUGCAUCUGGACCGGGUCGAACUGGACACACUCAGCCAGCUUGAGAACAUAAACAGCGGGUACAGUACAAAUAUUUUUUUCUUUCUAUUUGAGUAAUCCCUUCCAAGUUUACACAUGCAUUAUACAUGCAACACAUAAGCCUAAAGACCAGGGUUUCCAAACCCUCUCUUCGGCCCCACCAGACAUUUCACAUUUUAGUUUUAACCCUAAACUGGCACACCUGACUCAAUUAGUCAAGGGCUUGAUGAUUAGUUGACUAAUUGAAUCAGGUGAAACAUCUGGGGGGGCCCGAGGAGAGGUUGGGAAACCCUGCAAUGGACAUCCUCUCUCCAGCAUUCAGACAUUACAUUACAUUCAGGACCCCCUCCCCACCAGCGAUGUCUCAGCAUCAUCCCCACAUCCUAUACACAGUCCAUCCUCCAGCUAUGGAAGUCAUCCGUCAGACAGAGGAUCCAUCCCACUGUUAUUCUCCCACAGCCUCUUUGAGUCUCUGAGAGCAGAGCAGAGUCCUAAUGGUUUAAGCGGGCCAUAAUGAUUUGUAAGGUGAGAGGAGAUGGAAGGAAAUCCCCUCUUCACCCCCCCACCCCCCUCCCUUUCCACUCUCUCUGUGACUGAUGACAGGCCAGCUCUCAGGCCAAGCUACCAUGUCUGCCUGCAGCCCCUCAUGUCAUGAAUCCUGAGGCCUUAUGGCCAUGUCCUCCCCUUUACUCUACUGUACUUUAGUGUCAGGGGUACAGGGCUACAUUUACAGAGACUGUACAUCCCCAGGGUUAAAUCCUCUGAUGAUGGCCACACUGUAAACAUUAAACCACUAGCUAACCACAUCCCUUAUGCUGUAUGCUCAUCCCAGGACGUAGUGGCUACACUUGUUCAGAGUUCACCCGGGUUGUAUUGAUGUGGCCUAUUUCAUGUUCUAGUUGGGCUGGUACAUAGCCAAACGUAUGUGGACACCUGCUCAUCGAACAUCUAAUUCCAAAAUCAUGGGAAUUAAUAUGGAGUUGGUCCCCUCUUUGCUGCUAUAACAUCCUCCACUCCUCUGGGAAGGCUUUCCACUAGAUGUUGGAACAUAGCUGCGGGGACUUGCUUCCAUUCAGCCACAAGAGCAUUAGUGAGUUCAGCACUGAUGUUGGGGGAUUAGGCCUGGCUCGCAGUUGGCAUUCCAAUUAAUCCUAAAGGUGUUCGAUGGGGUUGAGGUCAGGGCUCUGUGCAGGCCAGUCAAGUUCUUCCACACCGAUCUUGACAAAUAAUUUCUGUAUGGACCUCGCUUUGUGCACAGGGGUAUUGUCAUGCUGAAAAGGGCCUUCCCCAAACUGUUGCCACAAAGUUGGAAGCACAGAAUGGUCUAGAAUGUCAUUAUAUGCUGUAGCGUUAAGAUUUCACUUCACUGGAACUAAGGGGCCUAGCUCGAACCAUGGAAAACAGCCCCAGACCAUUAUUCCUCCUCCACCAAACUUUACAGUUGUCACUAUGCAUUCGUGCAGGUAGCGUUCUCCUGGCAUCCACCAAACCCCGAUUUGUCCGUCGGACUAACAGAUGGUGAAGCGUGAUUCAUCACUCCAGAGAACGCGUUUCCACUGCUCCAGAGUCCAAUGGCGGCGAGCUUUACACCUCUCCAACCGACACUUGGCAUUGCGCAUUGUGAUCUUAGGCUUGUGUGCAGCUGCUCAGCCAUGGAAACCCAUUUCAUGAAGCUCCCGACAAACAGUUAUUGUGCUGACGUUGCAUCCAGAUGCAGUUUGGAUCUCGGUAGUGAGUGUUGCAAACGAGGACAGAUUAUGUUUAUGCGCGACAGGCUUCAGCACUCAGCGGUCCCGUUCUGUGAGGUUGUGAGGCCUACCACUUCGCAGCUGAGCCAUUGUUGCUCCUAGACGUUUCCACUUCACAAUAACAGCACUUACAGUUGACCGGGGCAGCUCUAGCAGGGCAGAGAAAUGACGAACUGACUUGUUGGAAAGGUGGCACCCUAUGAUGGUGCCACGUUGAAAGUCACUAAGCUCUUCAGUAAGGCCAUUCUACUGCCAAUGUUUGUCUAUGGAGAUUGCAUGGCUGUGUGCUCAAUUGUAUACACCUGUCAGCAAUGGAUGUGGCUGAAAUAGCCAAAUCCACUAAUUUGAAAGGUUGUCCACAUUCCUUUGGCCAUGUAGUGUAUGUUAGACAGCUUUCCAUCUGCAGUACAUGACAAAAUGGACUGACAGACAGAUGGGUGGACAGGGGAACAGAGAUUUUCAUACCGGGGGACAACUGACAGACAGAGUAAACCAACUGACCUCUACACAACAGGCAAAUAAAAAGACAUAAGACCCUGUGUGUGGCAAAUGUCCAGUAUGUCCCCUCAUAACUCAAAACUACAGUAUAAUAUGAAGAAGAAAACAUUUUUUUGAGAAAAAAAAAUGGUGUCACAUCCAAAUGACUUGUACAUCAUGUUCAUCAAGGCUUCAUUUUGUUUUUUCUGCCAUCGCUCUGCUGCCCUGUGUUUGUUGAUGGGUUAUUUUAUCUUAAUGGUACCUUUCCCUGCAUGUGUAGCAGCCGUUUUGUGAUGCUCACACUCUGUCAGCUUGCCGUGUAAACAGUGUCAGUCAGAUUGGAGUUACUAUCUCCUCCCGGGACCUGGGACUAUAGCUCUGUUAGUUUAUCUAACACCAAAGACCGAUAGGCUCUCGCUGCAACACUUAGUACAGGGAUAGGAGAGCAGAGGGGAAGAUAGAGGGAGAUGUCUGUCUGUUGCAGGCAGCCUCUCUUUCUCUCCCUCCUGGUUUAGAUGUACUGUACUGUAAUGUAUUGUAUGGGGUAUAGUUGAGAGGGGCUGGAAUGCGUUGUGGACACGGGUUGUGCUGCUCACCCACCUUCACACACAAUUAAGCUCAGACAGUCACACUUAAACACACUUGGGGUUGAGGUGCGAAGAGACUCAUCAAUACUGAGUUGGCUGGAAGUGUACCACCACCAUUUCCUGUUUGAGGUUUUGGCUCAUUGUCAUCUACUAUAAGUGAGAAGCUGUCUAAUAGUGGUGUCUGUGUCCUUCGCUAUAGGAGUGAGGAGCUGUAUAACUUCCUGAUCAGCAGUGCUGUUACCUGAUAGAGACCGUGCAGGACGUCAUCAGCCGCUUCCCCCAACGGGCCUCUGAGGUAUGUGUGUGUUUGUGUGUACCAGUCUAAGGACUGAUCAAUAAGUGCUAGUGUCUAACUGAAAGCUCACUAUUAAAUCUAGCCAUAUUGCCUACACCUAUCCAAUUCCUUUCAGAUCCAAACAAGUGCCAAGGUGUAUUGUAGGAGCUUGUGGUUGUCCUUUGGACUGGACUCUCUCCAGCUCCACAAACUCUCUCCCUCUCCUCUCUCCCCCUUUUCACUCCCCAGCUGGUGUUGUCCCUGAAUCCUAAGAAGGAAGCCCAGGCCAUCUGUAAUGAGCUGGUGGCCCAGACUGGAGACCUGCAGAAAGAGGUCACCUGCCUCAGGAACCUGUUGCACAAG